CACCAGCCCUAACCGAGCCGCUGCGCCCUGCUCGGCGCGCCCGGGGACCGCCGCCGGCGCCAUGGACCGAAGCCGGGUGCUGGAGCAGCUGCUGCCUGAGCUCACAGGGCUACUCAGCCUCCUAGACCAUGAGUACCUCAGUGACACAGCCCUGGAGAAGAAGAUGGCUGUGGCCUCCAUCCUGCAGAGCCUGCAGCCCCUCCCAGCCAAGGAAGUCUCCUACCUGUAUGUGAACACAGCAGACCUCCACUCUGGGCCCAGCUUCGUGGAAUCCCUCUUUGAAGAGUUUGACUGUGACCUGAGCGACCUCCGGGACAUGCCAGAGGAUGACGGGGAACCCUGCAAAGGAGCCAGCCCUGAGCCAGCCAAGAGCCCGUCUCUGAGACACUCAGCCGACCUGCCUCCACCACUUCCCCAACGGCCCCCGCCAGAGGACUACUAUGAAGAGGCCCUACCCCUGGGACCGGGCAAGUCCCCUGAGUACAUCAGCUCCCACAGUGCCGCUCCUUCCACCAACCCCACAGAUGGCUGCAGCCCAGCCCACUCCAUCAUGGAUGGCUACUACGAGGAUACAGAUAGCAGCUACCCCGCGACCAGGAUGAAUGGGGAGCUAAAGAACUCCUACAAUGACUCGGACCCAAUGAGCAGCUCCUACGAGUCCUAUGACGAGGAGGAGGAGGAAGGCAAAGGGCCGCAGCCCACACACCAGUGGCCCUCAGAGGAAGCCUCCAUGCACCUGGUGAGGGACUGCAGGAUAUGCGCCUUCCUGCUGCGGAAAAAGCGCUUUGGGCAGUGGGCCAAGCAGCUGACCGUCAUCAAGGAGGACCAGCUCCUGUGUUACAAAAGCUCCAAGGACCGGCAGCCGCAUCUGAGGCUGGCGUUGGAUGUCUGCAGCGUCACCUACGUGCCCAAGGACAGCCGGCAUAAGAGACACGAGCUGCGUUUCUCCCAGGGGGCUACUGAAGUCUUGGUGCUGGCCCUGCAGAGCCGGGAGCAAGCCGAGGAGUGGCUGAAGGUCAUCCGAGAGGUGAGCAGGCCUGCCGGGGCAACGGAGGGCGCAGACGUGCCCAGAUCUCCUGUCCUCCUGUGCAAGCUGGACCUAGAAAAGAGACUGUCCCAAGAGAAGCAAACUUCAGACUCGGACAGCCUGGGCAGGGGUGACAGCUGUUCUACUCUGGGCCGCAGGGAGGCCUGCGACCAUGGCAAAGCGAAGAAGAGCAGUCUGGCAGAGCUGAAGGGCUCAGUGAGCAGGGCUGCCGGCCGCAAGAUCACCCGCAUCAUCAGCUUCUCCAAGAAGAAGCCGCUGGCUGAUGGCCCGCAGAUGCCCUGCUCCGAGGAGGAGGUCCCGUGCUGCGGCUACCUGAACGUGUUGGUGAACCAGGGCUGGAAGGAACGCUGGUGCCGCCUGAAAUGCAACACUUUGUACUUCCACAAGGAUCACACAGACCUGAGGACCCACAUGAAUGCCAUUGCUCUCCGCGGCUGUGAGGUGGCCCCAGGCUUUGGGCCCAGACAUCCAUUUGCCUUCAGGAUUCUGCGCAACCGGCAGGAGGUUGCCAUCUUGGAGGCAAACUGCUCCGAGGACAUGGGCCGCUGGCUUGGGCUGUUGCUGGUGGAGAUGGGCUCCAAAGUCACUCCUGAGGCGCUGCACUAUGACUACGUGGAUGUGGAGACCUUAACCAGCAUCGUCAGUGCCGGGCGCAACUCCUUCCUAUAUGCAAGAUCCUGCCAGGAUCAGUGGCCUGAGCCCCGUGUGUACGAUGAUGUCCCUUAUGAAAAGAUACAGGACGAGGAGCCCAAGCGUCUCGCGGGCACCCAGGUGAAACGCCAUGCCUCCUCCUGCAGUGAGAAGUCCCAUCGAGUGGAUCCGCAGGUCAAAGUCAAGCGCCAUGCCUCCAGUGCCAAUCAAUACAAGUACGGCAAGAACCGAGCUGAGGAAGAUGCCCGGAGGUACCUGGUAGAAAAAGAGAAGCUGGAAAAAGAGAAGGAGACAAUCCGGACAGAGCUGAUGGCACUGAGGCAGGAGAAGAGGGAGCUGAAGGAAGCCAUCCGGAAUAAUCCAGGAACGAAGUUACAGGCUCUGGAGGAGGCCGUGGCUGCCCUGGAAGCUCAGUGUCGGGCAAAGGAGGAGCGCCGGAUCGACCUGGAGCUGCGGCUUGUGGCUGUGAAGGAGCGACUGCAGCAGUCCCUGGCAGGGGGCCCGACGCUGGGGCUCUCCAUGAGCAGCAAGAACAAGAGUGGGGAAAUUGCAAAUAAACCCCAGAACAACGCCCCAGAACAACCUCUCCCUGUCAACUGUGUUUCUGAGCUGAGGAAGAGAAGCCCAUCCAUCGUAACCUCCAACCAAGGAAGGGUGCUACAGAAAGCCAAGGAAUGGGAAAUGAAGAAGACCUAGAAAAAGGAUGAAGAUUUCAUUCCAAAGGAAAUACAAGAUUGUAUUGGAAACACUUUUUUCACAAGGAGAUGCCAGGACACUGGAAGUAGCCCCCACUGGAAGCAGCCUCUCCAGGGCACCCAGAAGACCAGCUUUUCCUGUCUGCAUGAUUACAGGGGAAAUGGGGAGGGAAGAAAUGGAAGGGAGGAAGGACAUGGAGGGCGUCCUUUUAACGUCCCAGAGGGUGGAAAACGGGGAUGGAGGGAGAUAGAAAUCUGCACCACUGUAAAGGUUUUGUUAAAUGUCUUUGCCCUCACUUCUGAAGAAAUGAAAGCCCACGUGAAUAAGCCAUUCCAUCCCAUUCUAGCGUCCCCCUCCCAGGCUAUAGGGUAAAGGAAGACAGCGCUGAAGCAUUAGUAGGUAGUACAGUACAAAGAGCCAAGCUUUGAUCAUCUGAUCACACUUGUGCCAAGUGGAUUCAUGUGGGGCAUCACUGACAACCUCUGGGCAACAUAAAGAGGCCGAAAAAUCAAUAGAAUUUCCCUGCCUGCGUGAACGUGAACAAAAUCUACAGACAACACACAAAUUCUGCAGUCAUUCCUUCUGUGUUUCAGAGCUGGGCGGGUGCGGCUACCAGAACCCUGCAUUUGAGGUGCUUUCAAAUUAGAGAUCUGCUACGCAGCAGGCGAUGGGAGGCUCAGCGGUGGACUUGUUUUCAGUCCACAGUGAUAGUGACAGGAACCUGGAUUCCUAAUGUCCACAGGAUGGUGCAGGCAUUGUAGGGUGGGGUCAUUUGUAGUCAAUCAAGUCCUUUACCUAUUUCAUUUGACACUCAGGCUCCAGGAGCUAGGGCUAGAGAACCAAGUGACGCUCUGUAUGUCUUUAUCCUGAUUUUGCACUAAAAGGCUCUCCAGUCUGCACUCCUGUACCUGCUGUCAAGGAAAAGUAUAAGGGAGAAUCAAAGGACGGUGGCUCAUUUCUGCCAGGAGUGUCUUUUACUAACACUUGAUACUUUUAUAGGGAAGCGGGACCUCAAGUCUUGGGCAGUCUCCUUACUGUGCUACUCACUGCUUUCUCAACACUGUAGGCACUUUUUAGGUCUUUAUAUCUCCUUCCAAAAAAAGAUAAAACCAGUUAACUGCUAAGAGCUCAAAGGUUAGCUCCAGAGAGAGACACACACACACACACACACACACACACAGAAUAAACUUUGGACACUUUACCCUACCUAGGGCUUUACAUACUUCUGCCUUAUCCAAACUUUACCACCCUUUGAGGUAGCUGAGGACCAGAGCAGGGAAAAUAGCCUGACCAAAAUCACCUAGCUGGUCCGUGGCAGAGGAAGAGACUUAGGGCCUGUGAGCCUGGAUCCAGACAGAGUUGGAUUUGAGCCUAGCCUCUGCCACUGCCCAGCUGGUUAAGUCUGGGAAGGUCCCCUGACCUCUCAUUCUUUUCUUUAUCUACAAAACCCAGGUUAACAGUUCCAUAUCCUCCCCCCACCCCCAAGAUUAUUGGGGAAAUUCAGUGAGAUAGCACAGGGGAAGCAUCUUGCACUGUCUGAGAAAGAGGAAAUGCUCAGUCAAUAGUGGCCCUUAUUAUUAGCUAGAUAAGAAACGUCUGACUAAAAACCCUGUGUUCUUUCCACUGAAGAAAUGAUGUUUAUAUGAUAAUCACAGCCAUCAAAAAGCUAAAAAGCAACUAAUCCAUAACUGACAGUUUUCAUCCAGAUUCCACUUAUCUUCAAUGAAAAAGGAGCUCACAUAAUCUACAUUGUUAAUGUUCUUUUUUAAAAUGUGGACCCUGGAAUGACACCCAACACCCCAA